AUGUACGCGCCAAUAAUAAGUGGGGCCCAUGCAAAAUCGAACCCACCUCACAUUCCCUCCCCCUUCAUCUCCGGUCUCCCUCCUCCAAAACAUCCAUUGCCAGAGCCCCCCGCCGCAACGACGUCGCAUCACCUAUUGAUCUCGAGCUCGCGCCACGUGGCCGCUUCUCAUCCACGUGUGCUUCAGUAUCCGCGAUGUCUGAUCGGCGGAAAGCGGGGGAAGUUCCAGGCGGAGACGGGAGGAGUGAGAUGUAUGGCGGUGGCGUCGGAGACGACGGAGACGGCAGUGAAGGGGAAGAAGAGUGGGGGAUACGAUGUGCAGACGUUGACGAGCUGGUUGCUGAGGCAGGAGCAGAAGGGGACGAUAGACACGGAGCUAACGAUCGUGAUCUCGAGCAUAUCCAUGGCGUGUAAACAGAUCGCAUCGCUGGUUCAGCGUGCCGGAAUCUCUAAUCUCACCGGCGUUCAAGGCGCCGUCAACGUUCAGGGCGAGGAUCAGAAGAAGCUCGACGUCGUCUCGAACGAGGUGUUCUCGAACUGUUUGAAGUCAAGUGGAAGAACAGGGAUAAUAGCGUCGGAGGAAGAGGAUGUUCCGGUGGCGGUGGAGGAGGGUUACUCCGGCAACUACAUCGUAGUCUUCGAUCCUCUCGACGGCUCCUCCAACAUCGACGCCGCCGUCUCCACAGGCUCCAUUUUCGGCAUCUACAGCCCCAACGACGAGUGCAUUCCCGACACCGACGACGACAACUCACCCCUUGGAUCCGCAGAGCAAAGGUGUGUGGUAAAUGUAUGCCAACCAGGGAACAACUUGCUAGCAGCCGGCUACUGCAUGUACUCGAGCUCUGUCAUCUUCGUCAUAACGUUAGGACAAGGCGUUUUCGCCUUCACACUGGACCCAAUGUACGGUGAAUUCGUCCUUACACAAUCCAACAUUCAGAUCCCCAAAUCCGGAAAGAUCUAUGCCUUCAACGAAGGAAACUACCAGUUGUGGGACGACAAGCUGAAGAAGUACAUUGACGAUCUUAAGGACCCUGGUCCGAGUGGUAAACCCUACUCAGCUCGGUACAUUGGAAGUUUGGUCGGAGACUUUCACCGUACAUUGCUGUACGGUGGUAUAUACGGUUACCCACGUGACAAGAAGAGCAAAAACGGGAAGCUGAGACUCUUGUACGAAUGUGCACCGAUGAGUUUCAUCGUGGAACAAGCCGGAGGAAAAGGGUCAGAUGGUCACCACAGAAUUCUGGACAUCCAACCGACGGAGAUACAUCAGAGGGUUCCGCUUUACAUCGGAAGCGAGGAAGAAGUGGAGAAGCUAGAGAAGUACCUGGCUUGAUUCAGAAGCAAUACACAAGGUGGUUUUGCGAGCAAUGAUCUAAGCUCCUCUUGUAAGGCAAUUUGUUACUUCCAUGCAAAUAGAGACAUAAGUUGUAAAAGGAAGAAGUCUGUUCUGUUUUUUUAUCCUAAAGAAUUUGAUUGUUAAUAGCAA